CGCCUGUAAUUGGUUAAACGACAACCUUCUUUAAAUCUUCAUAUCAACCAAACUCUUUUUUCACUUGAACCAACAUUUGUUAAUUCAACAAGCGAGAAAACACAUGAAACAGAUUCUUCAAUGAAGGCAAGAACAUGAAAAAGAUAAGAGAUUUGGUCUGAUCAGGUGAGCAUAUCAACAAAAAACUGAAAUCUGGAAGAAAAAAUGGCCACACAGACCAAGGCCAAUUUAGUUAAGCUGAACAAAAGUGGCCAAGAUGGUUCUUCAAAGGCAAAAUUUGAUGCUGCUAUCAACAAGAAGAUUGAAAGCUCCAGCAAACAGCCCGUUGAUGCUAAGCAAAAAACUGUUGUAACAAAAACAGAGGUAAAAUCGAAAACAAGUUCAAGUUCAUCAAAAACCACUGCAACUAUAAAAACUAAAGUUAGGGAGAAGAAGGUUUAUACUUUGCCUGGCCAGAAACAUGAUCCUCCUGAAGAGAGAGAACCAUUACGAAUCUUUUACGAGUCUCUGUUUGAACAAAUACCAACAAGUGAAAUGGCAGAAUCUUGGAUGAUGGAACAUGGCUUGUUGUCCCCUGAAAAAGCCAGAAAAGCAUUCGAAAAGAAACAGAGAAGGCAGAAGCAACUCCGGGCCGGCACUCCAAUGAAACCUUUGAAACCAAGUAGCAAACCCGAGAGUUCAAAGAAAGGAGAUUUAAAAGCCAAGAAACGGGUCAACAACGAUAUUGACGAAGACGAAGAUGACUUCGUUUUAAGCCUGAAAAGAAGGAAAGGAUUGGACUUCAUACAGCCUCCGCACAAAAGGAAAUAAAAAGGACCAAAUUAUGCUUGCUGUUAACUGUCAUAAGUACAU